AUGAACGUACCAAAUAGCAGCACGAGCGAAGGAAUUCGGAAAUGUUUGAAAGAAAGAAUAUUGGACGACAUGCUCGGCGCUUUUAACAGUUUCAAGGAAGAAGAAGAAGAAGAAAAUGGUGAAGGCGUUUUGUCUCAAUCGGCGUUCGAGUGGAGAGUUUUGAUUUUAGACGACGUGACGACCAAAGUCGUCUCUUCCGCGGUAGGGAUGGCUGACUUGAUGGCUGAACGGUCCAUCACGAGCGUCGAGUCUAUUCUCAAAUCUCGCGAACCGCAACCAGAAAGGGAAGCGAUAUAUUUUAUUUCUCCAACAAACGAGAAAGCGAUACGAGCGUUGAUUGACGACUGGGACGUGAGCGAAACUAAUGAUGAUGAAAAAGGCGAUAGCAACGAAGAGGAGCAGAAGAAGAAGAAGAAGAAGAAGAAAAUAGCACUCUUCGGCAACAAAAAGUACAACAGCAACAACAAGAAAGAGUCAAAGAAGAAACCAACGAACCCGUAUCGCGCGGCGCACGUAUUCUUUUCCUCACCGGUUCAAAAAGAAACGCUUCUACGAUUGCAACAGACGGCAAACUUAAUACGACAUUUGAAGACGUGCAAAGAAGUAUACGCGGAGUUCCAAGUGAAUGAUUCGAGAUCUUUCUCGGUCGAUUACGCCGGUGCGUUACCGGCGUUAUUUGGCGAACGCGGUAGAACUUUGGGCGAAUGUGUCGACGCGUGUUCGACGCGUUUAUCCACAAUGCUAUCGACGAUUGGAGAAUUAAAUGCAAACGUUCGGUAUAAGAAAGGAGCCAUGAACGAAGACGGGGAAAUUAUCGGAAGAAACGCAUGCGAAGCGGUAGCGAGACAGACGGAGUAUUUGCUCUCAAACAUGCGAGAGAAAAAAUCAACGGACGAGGAGACGAAGAGAACGAAUGGCUCCGUUAGCUCGAAUCUAGGCACAUGUGGAGAUACAUCUACGUGCGAGGUGUUGAUAUUAGACCGAUCGUUUGACUACGUCGCUCCAAUUAUUCACGAGUGGACGUACGAAGCUAUAAUUCACGAUCUCUUGAACGUACCAAAUUCUGUGUACACGUACUCUAUAAAUACAAAGAAAGGUGUUGAAGAGAAAAUAGCGAAAUUAGAUGAAAAAGAUGCCUUAUUUGUAGAGCUGCGACACGCUCACGUCGCGAAAGUAAUGGGUGAUUUGUUUGAAAAAGGGCGCAUUGAAAAUGAAGCGAACCAGAAGAACGCCUCGAAUUCAGACAUUAAGAGAAUGGUACAAGCGUUGCCGGAAACCUUAGCAAGACGAGCGAAACUUAGUAUUCACACCUCAAUAGCUGCUGAACUAAACCACGUGCUGAAUGUUUGCGACUUAGCUUUAAUAGGGAGAAUGGAGCAAAUGGUUGCUUUCGGGGAAGCGACAUCGAAAGACAUUAUUCAUCUGUUAUCCAGUCCUCCUUCAAGCGUAGUCGACAACGCGAACGGGGGAGGAAGCAAUGCGCCAUCGACAAUUACCAUUGAACAAAUGCUACCGGCAGCAGAAAAGCUUAGACUAUUGAUGAUUUACGCUGCCACGCAUCCAGAGAAGAUUGACGAGCAAGAAGCGCUGAAAUGGAUUCAAGCGAGUGGUUUAACCGAGAAAGAUAUCGACACCGUCGUAAAAUUAGAACAGCUCGGAGCAAAGAUUCGUAAAACAGAUGCAACAACUUCAAAAAGUACGCGGAUGAACAGACCUCGAGUAGAUGAGCGAUUGAAAGCGCCGUCAAGUAACCAGUCUGAAGCGAGCUUUGACCGAUUUGUUCCAAGAGUCGCGGCAAUAGUGCGAGAAUUGGACGGUAACUCGCUUUCACCAGACGAUUUCCCGUCCUGUUCUGUUUUACCUUCAUUCACUAACGAAGCAAACGGCAAAAAUAGCGACGGUGCGAAGACUUUCCAAGACGGCACCAACAUUCGCGUCGGCGAUGACGGGUCGAAGAGUUCGGGCUCGAAUUUUUCAGCCCGCCCCCAAACAAAAUUAGGACGAUGGGCGUUGCACGCUCGAAGUGGUUCGGCGAUUCCUGAUGUUCCAAGUCGAACGGGAACGCCGGAUUCUUUCACAGAAGACGAUAUGGAAAAGAAGAGAAAAAUAAAGAAGAAACGCCUAAUCGUCUUCGUCUUGGGAGGCGUGACUCGUGGCGAGAUUCGAGAGGGAUUUCAUUUGAGCGAGGAGCUCGACCGCGACGUGUUCAUCGGCGGUACGAAUAUUUUGAAUCCAGAAGCGUUCAUCGGUGAUUUGAUGAGCAUGGAGGGAUCGCUGACUUUACAAAGCCCAUCGCGCGUUUUGUCUUCUCCGUCUCCACCUCUUCUUCCUGAUGUUGCCCUUGGACAACUUCACCCAAGUACACCUCCUCCUCAUCAACACUCUCACCUCAAAACGCAAAAUGCGAAUAUAGCAUCUCCGGAAGCUACAAAGUCGCCACAGAUGGAUCCGAAAGAAUUAGAAAAGCUACUGAGCGGUUUAGAAGAGUUAUAA